ACGACACGCCGUGAACACGUAGCUGGCUUGACCCGAGAAGCGGUGCGCUGUUCUUCGCAGGAUUCAAGGACAGUAAGAUAAUCCAAAGAGUAUCCACACGCGGCGCGCCAUGGUGACGCCGAGCUCCGCAGCGCGCCACGCGCGCCGUCCACCCGUCGCCUUUAAGCCUACCCGCACCGGAGACGAUCCCUCACUCGCUCGCUCGCCAACGCUGCAGUCACCAACUCGACCAUCUCUCGCAAACGACCGUGAAAUCCGCGCCCGAGAUCUCUCCUGUCACCGGCGAUGUCCGGCGGCGUGGGCCCGACGGCGGGGGGCGGCAUAGUGCUGCCGUCGAUGGGGCAGCCGCCGCCACCACUCCACCCGACGCCCACAUCCCCCACGGCGCGCCCGCACCACCACUACUACCUCUUCUCCAUCAAGCAGCUCAACACGCUCGGCGCCGCCGCGGUUCUCGCCUUCUCCACCACCGUCCCGCUCUCGGAGAUCGCCUUCGCCGUCCUGCUCCUCCCUUACCUCGUCCUCCUCGCCACGCUCGCCUUCCCGCAGCGUCCGGGCAAGCCCAACCCCGCCGCGCCCGUCUACCCCGGCCCGGCCCGCUUCCUCCUCCACGCGCACACGGCGGCGGGCUUCCUCGUGGGCGGCGCGCUCCCGGCGCUCUACAUCCUCGACGGGCUCCGGUCCGGGGAUACGGCGGGGGUCGCCGCGGCCUCACCGCACGCGUUCCUCCUGGCCGCGCAGGUCUUCACCGAGGGCAUCACGGCGGCGUGGCCCUGGCGGUUCUCGCUCCCCGUCAGGGCCGCCGUCCCGGUCAUGUACAGCGUGCGCAGGAUGUUCGCCGCAGGGGAGUGGCUGAGUCAGGAGAUGGAGGAGAAGCGCGGCGGCGUGGGAGCGGACGCGGUGGAGUCCCGGCGGUUGGUGGCCGGCAAGGUGCUCGCCGCGGCCAACAUGGCGUUCUGGGGCGCCAACCUCUUCGCCUUCCUCGUUCCCUUCUACCUGCCCAAGGCGCUCCAUAGGUACUACUGCGGCGAAGACUACGACGCCGGCGACCGCGGCAGCAGCGUCGACAAGGGCUGCGAAGAUAAGAAGGAUUCCUAGAACCUGGGUCAGCGUUACUAGUUUGUGUUCUUGCCCCUCUACGUGUCCGGACCGCUCGGCGAUGUAAAAUUUCCCAGUCGGUAGAUGUUAGGAAAUGCAACUCGUUGUAUGCACAUUACUUGCCUACCUCUGAGAUGGGAUCUUCGACUUUGAAUAUUCAGUUCAAAAUUUCCAUUUC